ACGAAAGCCAGUCGCGUAAAGUGGACAGGGAUGGACGCGAUUUUGUCUUUGUCGAAGGUCGAUGCUCUGGAACUCAGGGAGGUGGAGGGGCAUCAACGUAACCAGCCACGCGACAAGCCGACUCGAGACAAGGCCCAACGGCGACAUCCUGCUUCAGACCUAGCGAUUUUGCUGCGAUUCUCCUUACGAAUAGCUCCCCGGUUAGCGAUACCGUUUCAUUGGGCACUGUUUGUUUUGAUUGUUUAUUUUGACAGUCGCCGCCCCUAAUUGCAUUGCAUCCAUCGCAUUGCAUCGCCGACCGCCUUCCCGCCCCGAGCGAACUCCCGCGACCUUCGCCUUUGCGCUCCGAGCUUCUUCUGCGCAUUCUGCGCCUCGCGCGCCAAUUGCAAUAAUACCACGCGCGCGACAGACACAAUGGCAUCCUCGGGGCGCGCAAUACAAUACACCAUCCCGGCAAGGGAAGACUUUAAUAAGCUCGCCGACGAACAAAAAACACGUAUCAACGAGGCAUUCGACCUCUUCGACUCCAACAAGGACGGCCUGCUCUCGUACGAGGAAUUCCGGUUCGUGCUGCGGGCGCUGGGGUUCGAGCUGCCCAAGGCGCAGACGUACGACCUGCUGAUCCGGCACGGGCAGAAGCCGGCGAGCUGGCCGCACGACCAGGAGUGCGCGCCCGUGUACCGCCAGUUCAGCCUGCCGACGGCGCAGGCCCUCUCGGGCACGCUGAUCCGCGGCCGCGACCCGCGCGAGGAGCUGCGCCGCGCCUUCCGCUUGUUCGAUACCGACGGCAAGGGCAUGAUCACCCAGGACGACCUGCGCAAGGUCAGCAAGCAGGUCGGCAACAACAUACCCGACGCCGACAUCGUCGCCAUGGUCGAGGAGUUCGACGCGUCCGGGAAAGGGGGGGUGGACGAGGACGAGUUUUUGAGGUUGAUGAUGUCCAAGAAGUGACACGCGUUCUGUUGUUGGUUUUUAUCUGCUGGGGCGGUGGGUGGCAAGCUUGAUACCCAGGCGGCUGUGUCGUGCGUGCGUGGGGGUGUGAGUAGAGUGGACUGUGUUUGGAUGACGAUGGACUGUGGGAGCGAGCACUUGACCAUGGGGGGGGGAGCUCGA